AUGGCCGACGCGGCGUUCAACCCCAUCCAUGCCGUGCGCACGGCCAUCCCGCGCCCGCAAUUCUUUCUCGUGCUCCUCGUCGGCUCCGUGUUGGUCCAGUUCAUGAUCGCAGGCCUGCGCUACCAGAUGAGCGACAAGAGCUUCACUUCCGACGACACGACGCGCGUGCUGCCCUCGUCGGCGCUGCUCGUUACUGCGCAUCCCGACGACGAAGCCAUGUUCUUCGCUCCAGCCAUCCAGGCGCUGACCGCGGCAGGAAGCGUCGUCUCGGCACUCUGCCUGUCCACCGGCGACGCCCAGGGCCUCGGCAGCCAGCGCGCCGAAGAGCUCUUUGCGAGCUACAGCGUGCUCGGUCUGCCUGCUGCGAGAGUCAACUACCUCGACGACGCACGCCUCCAGGACUCGAUGGACGCCACUUGGCCCAAUGAUCACGUCGCAGCCGUGGUCGCUCAGCACGUCGACUCGCUCGCGCGCACCCGUCCCGUCGACGCGCUGAUUACAUUCGACAAACGCGGCGUGUCCGGUCACCUCAACCACAUCGCGGCGUACAAUGGCACGCGCGACCUGGCCGUCCAGCGCAACCUGCCGCUGUACGUGCUGCCCUCGCUCGAGGUGUGGGAAAAGUACAACUCGGUCCCCUUUGCCGUUUGGGAAACCAUCACCUACCCGGGCCACCCGCCCGUCGCUCCCUCGGGCAACAAGCUUCCCACACAUUCCAGCGCACGCUACACACCCGCGACCGAGAUCCACUCGCUUGCAAGUCCCGCCCAGUACAUCAACGCCGUGCACGCCAUGCUCAAGCACCAGUCGCAGCUCGUCUGGUUCCGGUACUUGUACCUCGUGUUUAGCAGGUACAUGUUCUCCAACACGCUCGUGCUGUGGACGCCCGAACUCGACCUCGAUCUGGACGAGUGA